AUGAGCCGCACCGUUGUGUCCGUACUGGCUGCCUCCGCCCCGCCCCCUGUUGGCUGCACACAGCGCUGGCCGCACAGAGCUCACAGUGCCAGUGACAUGGAAGAGGGAUCGCUGGAUCCCCGGCUCAGCGCACCGACAGCCAACAGCAAGAGGGACAGCUCCCACUCCCCACAGCGCCAGUUAAGGCAACAUAAACUGUCUGUGUUCAGCAAGUGCUGCUACGCUAUAGGAGGAGCUCCCAAUCAGAUAGCGGGGAGUGCGUCUGCUUUCUUCCUGCAGAUCUACCUGUUGGAUGUAGCACGGAUCACGCCGUUUGAAGCCUCCCUGGUGCUGUGCAUUGGGAAAACCUGGGGUGGAAUCACAGACCCCCUCACUGGAUUCUUAAUUAAUAAAAGCAAAUGGACAAGAAUUGGCCGAUUGAUGCCAUGGAUGCUGGGAAGUAUGCCGUUUCUGGUCCCGUCCUAUUUCUUCUUGUGGUUUGUUCCGUCAUUCGUGACUGCAAGAGUCCUGUGGUAUUUAAUCUUCUUCUGUUCAUUUCAAGCCCUCAGCACGAUUUUCCAUGUCCCAUACACAACACUGACCAUGUUUCUUAGCGCAAAGCAAACAGAGAGAGAUUCAGCCACUGCGUACAGGAUGACGGUGGAGGUACUUGGAACUCUCAUUGGAGCUGCUCUGCAAGGACAGAUCAUUGCUAGUGCUCACACUGCCCAUCACUGCCAUGUGCUUAAUGGGACCAUGAACCUCACGGUGAAUGCUUCAGACUCUAUGGAGAACAUCACCUAUUUGAUCCCGGGGUCACCAGACUACCAGCUUCACGCUAGGAACGUCUACAUGAUUGCAGCGGGGGUCAUCGGCUGUGUCUAUUUGUUCUGCACUGCGGUGCUCUUCCUGGGAGUCAAAGAAAAAGACGAUCCCUAUGCGUUUCAGCCUGGCAUGAUUAUGCCUUUCUGUAGCGGUUUCAGACAGUUGAUGCGGCACGGGCCGUACCUUUACCUGAUCUUCUCCUUCCUGCUUAUUUCAGCUGCUGUUCAGCUUCAGCAGAGCAAUUUUGUCCUUUUUUGCACACAUGCUGCAGCCAACCUGCGAGAACAUUUCCAGAAUCUGGUACUGACCAUCCUGAUCUCCGCCGUCUUGAGCAUCCCCUUCUGGCAGUGGUUCCUGCAACGAUUUGGCAAGAAAAAGGCCGCCUUUGGAAUUUCAUGGAUGAUUCCAUUUGGCAUCAUGCUUGUCACCAUACCGAAUCUGAUUGUAGCUUACGUGGUUGCUGUGACAUCCGGAUUUAGCAUUGCUGCCUCUUUACUCCUGCCAUGGUCAAUGCUUCCUGACGUGGUGGAUAAUUUCCGUCUAAUGAAUCCUCAAGCCAAGGGACUGGAGGCCAUAUUCUACUCCUCAUUCGUCUUCUUCACCAAGCUGUCCGCAGGGAUCGCUCUGGGAAUCUCCACACUGAGCCUGCAAUUUGCUGGUUACAGCAGUGCGGCGUGCAGGCAGUCCUACCCCGUGGUCCUGACACUUCAGCUUCUGAUUGGUGCAGUCCCAGCUGUGCUCAUCAUUCUCGGUUUAAUCAUCCUGAUCUUCUAUCCAAUCACAGAAGACGCAAGAAAGGAGACAGAGCUUGCGCUUGAUGUCAUAAGAUUACGGACCCGGCGAUCCACCCUCAUAGUCAUCUGA